CGCCUGAAGCGAGGCGGGACUGUUUUUGCUGAGGUGAGGUCUAGUAAAUGGUGAAGUACUUCCCGGCCAGAGGGCAUCUGGGGCCGUGGGGUCUCGGUGGCGUGCAGUGGGAGAGGAGUCCGACCCGCGGGGGAACCCAGCCUCGCCAACGGAACGGGAGGAGCGCAGCCCUCCAGUCUGGCGGGCGGCGUGGAAACCGCAAUCGAGCCGCUGUAACCAAGUCACGGCCGUGGUUGGACCUCCCGACGGCUCUUUCGGCCCAGCACCCGGGAACGCGGCGGAGCUCUCGGCCGCGUGGAUCCCAGUCCUUGUCACCUCCCUUCUUUCACCCACGUGCAGUCCCGGGCUGGAGAAGGGACUGCGGGCGCGCUGAGUUCUCAACCCGCAUUCCAGUCUCUUGUCACCCGGGGCACAUCUUCAUGUGAGGUGAUUCCUAAGCAGCUGGGGAACCUGAGGCUGUAAAAGGGGCUGCGGGGAGUGGACUGCAGUCCAAAAUCCAGAAGCAGAAUUUGAUGGUUUAACCACUGACCCAUUUCACAGGUCUCUUUUUAUUUUACUGUAUUUCUCUAAGACUUCCAGUGGUGGCAAGUGUUCCCAUCUGGUGCCUGACUGUAACGAAAAUGCUUCUGAUGUUUCCUCAUUGAGUAUGAUAUUUACUUCUUUGUUUUGAAUGUUUCAUGCAUUCAUGGACCGAAAGAUGGAGUUGGUUUUUAUUUUUAAAAUGAUAUUGUCAAUGAUCUGAUAACGACUAUAAGUAUUCACUUGAUGAAGAUGCAUGGACUUGUCAUUAAGUUGGACUAGUGAUCAUUUCUGAAAGUUUCUUCAACCACAAUUUCUACUUGAAAAUUCAAGUAUCAAAGAAUAUUUGGUUUAGAGUGGUAUAAUGAUGUAUUUUCUCUGAGUACUGCAAAUUUCAUAGAGACCACAGUUGGAUUCCAGUUAUAUGCUACAAUCAAAGUGAUUCAGUUCUUUGAUAAAGUUUAUUUUGAAGAAUUUUAUGUUUGUAAACAACGCCAAAAGAUGGGAGAAAAAAAUGGUGAUGCAAAAACUUUCUGGAUGGAGAUAGAAGAUGAUGGGAAAGUGGAUUUCAUAUUUGAACAAGUGCAAAAUGUGCUGCAGUCACUGAAACAAAAGAUCAAAGAUGGAUCUGCCACAAAUAAAGAAUACAUCCAAGCAAUGAUUCUAGUGAAGGAAGCAACUAUAAAUAAUAAUUCAACUUUGAUAAAGGAUCAUACAUCUGUGACCAAGAAUGCACAGGAAAACAAAUCAAGUUCAUUGCCCUCUACAUCACAUAAAGACUCCUUUCCAGAAGACUAUACCUCUCUAUCUACAGAAAAUAAGGAAAUUCCCCCUCUGGAAAAUAAAGUUGCAGACUUUAGAGAAAAAGAAUCAUCUUCAAAUUUAUCUUACCAAAAGCAUGACUGCUCUGGUGCCUGUCUGAUGAAAAUGCCACUUACCUUCAAGGGAGAAAACCCUCUGCAGCUACCAAUCAAAUGCCACUUCCAAAGACGACAUGCAAAGACAAACUCUCAUUCUUCAGCACUCCACGUGAGUUAUAAAACCCCUUGUGGAAGGAGUCUACGAAACAUGGAGGAAGUUUUUCGUUACCUGCUUGAGACAGAGUGUAACUUUCUAUUUACAGAUAACUUUUCUUUCAAUACCUAUGUUCAGUUGACUCGGAAUUACCCAAAGCAAGAAGAAAUUGUUUCUGAUACGGAUAUUAGCAAUGGAGUGGAAUCGGUGCCCAUUUCUUUCUGUAAUGAAAUUGACAAUAGAAAGCUUCCACAGUUUAAGUACAGAAAGACUAUGUGGCCACGAGCAUAUUAUUUAAACCGCUUUUCCAACAUGUUUACUGAUUCAUGUGACUGUUCUGAGGGCUGCAUAGACAUAACAAAAUGUGCAUGUCUUCAACUGACAGCAAGGAAUGCCAAGACUUGCCCCUUGUCAAGUAGUAAAAUAACCACUGGAUAUAAAUAUAAAAGACUACAGAGACAGAUACCUACUGGCAUUUAUGAAUGCAGCCUGUUGUGCAAAUGUAAUCGACGAAUGUGUCAAAACCGAGUUGUCCAACAUGGACCUCAAGUGAGGCUACAAGUAUUCAAAACUGAGAAGAAGGGAUGGGGAGUACGCUGCCUAGAUGACAUUGACAGAGGGACGUUUGUUUGCAUUUAUUCAGGAAGAUUACUAAGCAGAUGUAACACUGAGAAACCUGAUGCUAUUGAUGAAAAUGGAAAAGAAGAGAUUAUUAUGAAAAAUAUGUUUUCAAAAAAGAGGAAAAUAGAAGUCACAGAUUGUGAGGUUGAAGUUAUCCCAUUAGAAUUGGAGACAUAUCCUAGAAGUGCUCUGACUGAGGAGUGUCCACCUAAGCUCCAUAAUAAUCCCAAAGAACCUAUUAUAGAAAUGAAAUGUAACAAUAUUUCAAGAAUUCAGUAUCAUUCAGUCAUUAGAAGUCCUAAAACCAAGACGGCCAGUAUUCAACACAAUGGGAAAAAGAUGGGAUUUACUUCCUCAGAGACUGUCACCUUAGAAGAUAAUGGUGGAUUUAAACCAACUCAAGUACAUCUGAACUCUAAAGCCAAGGAAAUGAGGGGUGUCUUUCAGGUUGCAGAAAGGUUGCAAAAAAGGAUAUGCGCGCUUUGCCCCAAAGACCUCGAGUGUAGUGUCCUGUACUUUGCACAGUCAGAGAAUAUAGCUGCUCAUGAAAACUGUUUGCUGUAUUCCUCAGCACUUGUGGAAUGUGAGGAUCAUGAUCCAUUUAAUCAUGAUAGAAAUUUUGAUGUGGAAUCAGUAAAGAAAGAAAUCAAGAGAGGAAGGAAGUUGAAAUGCACAUUUUGUGGGAAAUCGGGAGCCACCGUGGGAUGUGAUUUAAAAUCCUGUCUCAAGAAUUACCACUUUUUCUGUGCCAAGAGUGACCACGCAGUUCUACAAACUGAUGGAUCGAAAGGAACUUACAGAGUACUGUGCCAACAACAUGCUGACCCUCAAAAUGACCGACUCUCAGUGAAACCUUUGUCUGGUGUCUUCCAUUCUCACCACAGUCAGCAGACCGAACCAAAACACGAAUUUUCACCUUUCCGUUCUGAGGAAAAUUGGGUCCUGGCUACCUGGAGUUACCUGGCCUUUGUGUACUGCCGGAAGAGCAGUCUUGCCAACACUAGAUGUGGAAUGCUCUCUGUGGACAGGAGUCGGCCCUCUGGAAAAGGCUUAGUUCCCUGUCAUGCCAGCUGCAUUUUGUGGUGGAGUGAAAAGAAGAAGGGGGAGGAAAAAACGUCUCUCAACAGGCAAUCCUGUACAGCACAGGACCCGAACGUAGAACAGUACACGAAGGCUGCAGCAGAUGUUAAGAAUGCAAUCCAGUGCUACCAUGUCAACUAUGACAAGAAAAAAAGAGCUACUACUCAGACAUCAUGGGAUCGUUUUGUCAAGAGGGUAGAUAGAAUUGAAUCCAGCAAGGAACCAGAACCCGUGCCAUCAACGUCAGGCCCACUGGAAAGAAUGGCAUUGGCUAGGAAGGAAAAGGAUGGCAGACACACAGAUGCAAUUGUGAAAGUUGCUUUACUUAAGAAAUGUAAAGAAGCGGGUCUUCUUAAUGCUUUAUUUGAAGAAAUAUUAGACAAACUUCAUUUGAUUCAGGAAAGACUCAUGGAUGAGACCACUUCAGAAUCAGACUAUGAAGAAAUUGGGACUUCACUUUUUGACUGCAGACUGUUUGAAGACACAUUUGUAAAUUUUCAAGCAGCAAUAGAGAAUAAAAUUCAUCAAUCUGAAGAAAGGCAGCAGCAGCUGAAGGAAGAGAUUGAGCUACUUCAGGACUUAAAACAAACCUUGUGCUCUGAGCUUCAGUCAAGUUCUACUUCAGAUUCUUCUCUGUCUUCUUAAGAAUGACCAUUUCCUAAGCCAGGAAUCAAGCACAGUUGCAAACAGGCUGAAAGCUGGAGACGGGCCUGUGAAAGCCCCACAUCUUUAGCACUAGGGCCCUCAUGUCUCUCCAGUCCUCAAACUUUGAUCCUCACCAGCCCUUAACUGUUCUUGCUGAUUUGGCAUCGUAUGCCUUUUUACUGCCUCCUCUUCCUCAUCAUCAUCUCAUUUCUACCCCUCCCCCCCCAGUAAAGUAUUUCUGAUCCUACUUGAGUAAAUUGGGCCAUGCCUCCCAUCACUCUAAAAAUCCUUUGGUGGAUUUUUAGAUUUUUAGAUCCCACCUCCCCCACCCCCACUACAGUGAGCUAAGUGGAUUCGAGGUGCUCCUGCCCCCAGGGCCUUUGCACAUCCUGCUGUGAAGUCUUCACUGCUCCUCCUGCUGAUGUCCUCAUACCUAUUCCAUCUGAGAGUACUUUCUCUUCAUAUCCCUUUCUCGGUGUAAGCCACUCUAUCAUACAUCAAACCACUGGAGUAUAAGCAGUCUGAGGGCAGAAACUCACUAUUCCUGUGUUUUCCUCCCUAUCACAUUCCCAGCAGCUAGCGUGCUCAAUAAAUGUUGAAAAAAUGCAUAAACUGUUUUUAUCUUUUGAGACUAGUUCCAGCCCGUUAUGCUUCUUUGAUAUAAUAAAUCUGAAUGUUAUACCUGUACCGAACAUACCUGUGUGUUUUUUAAAUUUCUCUUCAGCCACAGCACAUGGGCAU